AUGGAGUUUGGGAAGGCGUGGAAGGACAAGAACCCGCGGAAAGCCUAUGCUCUACUAAAACAGUAUAGCGGCAAAAUGAAAAGAUGUUCCCCUGUCCUCAACACUGCCAAUGGGGUAGCUCUCGGUGAAGCAACCCUUCCAAUUUGGAACGAACACUUCAAGACCUUGCUGAACCGGCUAGCACCGUCAGCUCCUGAACUCGAACACGUUUAUAGACCGACAUAUGCGGUUAACGAGGAGCCACCGACUGCGUCGGAGGUCCUGGUCUGUAUUCAAAAAAUGAAGAAUGGAAAAUCUGGUGGAGAAGACGGGAUUAGCGCAGAAAUGCUAAAAUAUCUUCCUCCGUCUGGGAUUCGUGAAAUGACAAGGAUCAUCCGUUCAAUAUGGAUAGACGAAAGGAUACCUGAUUCAUGGAGACACGCUAUCAUAAUUCCCCUCCACAAGACGUUAUCCGUCACGGACCUCAGGAAUUAUCGAGGAAUCUCUUUGCUGCGUGUUACGUACAAGGUACUGGAGCGCAUUAUCCUGGACUGA